AUGGCAGCUCUUCCAAUCAUCGACCUCAGCACAAUCUCAGAGGCGCAACUGGCCUCUGAGCUUAUACGCGUUGGCAGUGACCCCGGCUUCUUCUACGUCACGGGUCACGGCAUAGCUCCAGGGCCUGCCUUUGAGUUGGCAAGGGAGUUCUUCAAAGUUCCAAGAGCUGAGAAGACGACAUACCGCAACGGCAGCGGUGACUUGGGCUACACGGGCAUGAGGGAAGAAUCUCUCGCAGGUAUGGGCCCCGGAGAUGUCAAGGAGUCGUUCUACUUAUGUGACCCAUCGCAAAGAGCCCUGCAGGAACUACACCCAGUUCUGGAGAACGGGAGGGAUCAGCUGGCUCGAUUCUUCACCGACACGCAGGCGCUCGCCAAUCGUCUCCUGCGGGCAAUGGAGAUUGGUCUCGAGAUCCCAGAGGGCGUCUUGACUGAAGCCCACACAGGAGAGGCUUGCCGCAUGAGGCUCAUCAACUACCCAGCCACGUCGACGUCAGCACAUGAUGGUGCGGCGGACGACAUCAGGGCCGGUGAGCACACUGACUACGGAUCCCUGACUCUUCUCUACCGCGAGCCCUCAGACCAGGGAGGCCUUCAGGUCUACCAGAAUGGGACCUGGAAAGAUGUGCCCUGCUUCGACGACACCAUCGUCGUCAACAUUGGCGAUGCUCUGGAGUUCUGGACGGCAGGGAGGUUGCGAUCCACUGUCCACCGUGUGGCAUUCCCUCGAACAGCCAGCGAAAACGUGGCGCGCCUGAGCAUCCCCGUGUUCAUCCAGCCGGAUCGUGAAGUUCUCCUUUCACCGUUGAAGACAUCCAGCAGUGACGCAUUAUCAGGGAUUGUGAAUGAUGAUGUCAUACGGGGAUUCAAUGAGGUUCUGGCGAGGAAGGGGUAUCAAAGUUCUAAGCCGGUGAAAAGCUGGGAACAUUUGCAAUCAAGAAUCCGGGCGACUUAUAAAGUUGCUUGA